AUCUGCUGCUUCGUUCAACCAUGAUCCGUGCCUGCAUCCUCCUGGCCCUGGCCACCUGUGCCUUUGCCGUCUACUCCGGCUAUCCAUACGGCUACUCUGGCGCAUUUCCUGCCAGCUACGGAACUUACAGCUCCCCACUUGGAUCUCUGUCCUCAUAUGGCUACGGACUCGGCCAUGGUGCGCCAGCUUAUGGCUACGGGCUUGGAAGCUAUGGCCUGAGCUACGGGCAAGGUCUUGGUGGUCUCGGUUAUACCACUCUAGGGCACAAGAAGUAAAUUCAUCCAAGAAAUCUCGGCAAACGCCAUCUCAAGCCAUGGCUGACUGAAGCUCUUGAAAUAAACC